UUAAUUUUAAUCAUAAUCAAUCAUCAUACCAUUCUUUGAUUCAUCGGUUUUAGGGACUUGGGAAUUUUGGAUUUGUUUUUUUUAAGCUCAGAUCAAAUUAUACUGUGAAAAAAAUGGGGAAUAUACGGUGGAUGUAGGAUUUUGAGAGGGGGGAUUGGGUUUUUGUUUUUGAUGAGAGAUGUCUGAUGCUCCAGGGAUUAAUGAAUCUGUUCUCGGUUUGCUGGAGCCCGUUUGGGAAUGAAGUAGAAAACCACGAAACAAACGGCGUUCUCGGCGGCGGCGGCGGCGGAAGUAGCGGUGGCUCAAGGGAAGUUAGAGACGGGUUUCUUUGGUUUCGUGAUAUAGGGAAAUAUGGGUCCGGCGAAUUUUCCAUGGCCGUGAUCCAAGCGAACCAGGUGCUCGAGGACCAGAGCCAGAUCGAGUCGGGCCAAUUCGGCACCUUCGUCGGAAUCUAUGACGGACACGGAGGACCCGAGGCGGCACGUUACGUUUGCGAUCACUUGUUCAGCAAUUUUCGAGCAAUAGUGGCUGAAUCGGGGGGAGUUGUGACCGCUGAGACCAUUCAAAGAGCUUUUCAACAAACGGAAGAAGGGUUUACGGCCCUGGUGUCGGAGCUAUGGAGUACUCGACCAAAUAUGGCAACGGUUGGGACAUGCUCUCUGGUAGGAGUAAUUUAUCAGCAAACACUUUUCAUUGCGAAUCUGGGUGAUUCUCGUGUUGUGUUGGGCAAGAAAGUUGGCAACACCGGAGAAAUUGCUGCUAUACAAUUGUCAACAGAACACAAUGCAAACAUCGAGGCUAUUAGACAUGAACUUGAGGAUUUACACCCGAAUGAUCCGCAAAUCGUUAUUCUCAAGCACGGAGUUUGGAGAGUGAAGGGCAUUAUUCAGGUUUCUAAAUCGAUAGGCGAUGUUUAUAUGAAACAUGCGCGGUAUAACAGGGAACCGAUUAAUGCAAAAUUCAGACUUCCUGAACCAAUGGACAUGCCAAUAUUAAGUGCCAAUCCAACAAUUAUUUCCCACGAUAUCCACCGGAAUGAUUCGUUCCUUAUAUUUGCAUCCGAUGGUCUAUGGGAGCACUUGAGCAACGAAAAAGCUGUGGCCAUUGCCCAUAGUCAUCCACGCGCGGGGAGUGCUAAAAGGCUGGUCAAGGCUGCCCUACAAGAAGCAGCGAGAAAACGUGAAAUGAGAUAUUCAGAUCUUCGGAAGAUCGACAAGAAGGUUCGACGUCAUUUCCACGACGAUAUUACUGUUAUUGUGUUAUUCUUUAAUCAUGAUCUUAUAUCCAGAGGUGCUUUCCAAGACCCUCCGGUAUCGAUUCGAAGUGCACUAGAACACAGAUAAGUUCAUAUCGCCAAAUAGAUAACUGCUUCGUCUGGUUUUUGUGAUUCAAACAAACGAAACUCCGCUACCAGUGGAUGAUAUUUCCUGGUUCACCGAUAUAUCAGAUGCACCGGUCCUAUACCGGUAUAGGGAGAGGAUUCUAAUGUAAAAUGUUAAAGAGUCGGACCAUCAUCAUUUACCGCAUAUUCGUUGUAACUCGGUGUAUAAUCUAAUCGAAUGGUUGUAGUUGUUUCCUUUGA